CCACGCCUGCGCUCUGCAAACGCGGUGGUGGCUGUACCUCUGAGGUGAGGUGUCCCUUUCGCUGAUGGGCUCUGCUCCAACGGUAUAGCUCCAUGAAUAACUUAAACGACCCCCCAAAUUGGAACAUCCGGCCCAAUUCCAGGGCUGAUGGGGGUGAUGGAAGCAAGUGGAAUUAUGCCCUGUUGGUGCCAAUGCUGGGAUUGGCAGCAUUUCGUUGGAUUUGGUCUAGGGAAUCCCAAAAAGAAAUAGAAAAAGCAAGAGAAGCAUAUCAUCAGAGAACAACUGCUUUCCAACAGGAUCUUGAAGCUAAAUACCAUGCUGUGAUCUCAGAACAUCGGCGAGCUGUUGCUCAGCUGUCUUUGGAACUGGAAAAGGAGCAAAAUAGAACAACUAGUUUUCGAGAAGCCCUUAUCUCUCAGGGGCGUAAGUUGGCAGAAGAAAGGAAGCUUCUUGAACAGGAACGAGCUCAGAUAAUGCAAGAAAAAAGCCAGCUGCAGCCUUUGAGAAGUGUGUAUCUGAGGUGCCUGGAAGAAGAGGACAACUGGCAGAGGAGAGCCCAGCUCGUGCUGAAGGAGGUGGGAGAAGCUCUCGUGGAACGCCAAAAUAUCUACUGCAGCCUCAUCCUUCCCCGUAGUACAAGGCUAGACCUGGAGAAGAACUUACUGGUGCGCUCGUCUGUUGAUCCAGUGGCUGCUGAUCUAGACAUGGCAGCUGGCUUAUCUGACAUAUUUAAGCAUGAUAAGCAUUGUGGAGAUGUCUGGAACACCAACAAGCGCCAAAAUGGGAGACUCAUGUGGGUGUAUCUCAAAUAUUGGGAGCUACUUGUUGAACUUAAAAAGUUUAAGAAAGUAGAGAAAGUCAUACUAGAAAAAUAAGAGAGACUGGAGAAAUGGCUCAGUGGUUAAGAGCACUUACUGCUCUUCCAGGAGACCUGGGUUAAUUCCAAGCACCCACAUGGCAGCUCACAACUGUCUGUAACUCCAAGAUCUGACACCCUUACACAGACAUACAUGCAGGUAAAACACCAAUGCACAUAAAAUAAAAAUAAAUAAAUGAAAUGAAAUAAUAAGAAUGAAAUGAAACGUAAGGCCAGAUGGGGUCAUUCACCAUGGCCGUCUGCAUUCUGGGCUCUCUGAUACGUACUUUCCCUUUGCCACCACAUGUGACCCAGUGCAGCUACCCUUGUGAGAACUCAAGUCUUUCCACCCUUUGAGCAGUGCAGUAGGAUCUUAGCAGAUAAGUUUUUUCUAUAAUGCUCUGCAGUUAUUAGAAAUUCAG